AACACAAUGGGAGUUGCCGGAACUUUGGAGUAUUUCUCUGAUUUACUAAGCAAUGCCAAGAAAGGCAAGAAAAAGAAGCUGAUGCAAACCGUAGCUCUCAAAGUCAGGAUGGACUGCCAAGGCUGUGAACGUAAGGUCAAGAGUGUCCUCUACGGGGUUGAAGGUGUUAAAUCCGUGAAAGUAGACAUGAAGCAACAAAAGGUGACCGUGACUGGGUUCGUGGAGCCAGAGAAAGUGUUGAAGGCAGCUCAAUCAACAAAGAAGAAGGUAGAGCUGUGGCCUUAUGUCCCAUACUUUUUAGUAGCACACCCCUAUGUUUCACAGGCUUAUGACAAGAAAGCACCUCCGAAUCAUGUUAGAGCAGUUCCGGUCACAGCCACUAUCAGCGAGUCCAUCAUUGACGACUACUACAUCAACAUGUUUAGUGAUGAGAACCCUAAUGCCUGCUCCAUCAUGUAAAGCGUAGAUUAAUGUUGACUAUCUUGUUAACUAAACUCUUAUUAAGACUUUCUUUUAUUAAUUUGUGGUAGAUAAUAGAUACGCGUAGGUUUUGAUACGGCCAGUUUGUUCAUAAAAUAGUUUGGGUGGUUCUGGGACAGUUACCACUGUAUAAUGAGUGGUGCUUUUUGUGAUUGAAGUACAAAAUUCACAAAUAAAAAUAAAAUUAGACCGGUGAGAAAAAUAUAUUUAUUCUA